UGGCAGGCCAGCACUGAUGCCGGGACGGCAGGAGCCCUGACCCCACAGCAUGUCCGAGCUCAUUCCUCUCCAGCAUCACUGCAGCUGGGAGCUGUUUCUCCAGGGACACUUACACCCUCUGGAGUAGUGACUGGACCUGGAGCUCCAUCUUCUCAACACCUCCGCCAGUCUUCUUUUGAGAUCCCUGAUGAUGUACCUUUGCCACCAGGUUGGGAGAUGGCUAAGACACCAUCUGGACAGAGAUACUUUCUUAAUCACAUUGAUCAAACAACAACAUGGCAAGAUCCUAGGAAGGCCAUACUUUCCCAGAUGAAUGUUACAGCUCCCACCAGUCCUUCUGUGCAGCAGAACAUCAUGAACUCGGCAUCGGGCCCACUCCCCGAUGGAUGGGAACAAGCUAUGACCCAGGAUGGAGAAAUUUACUACAUAAACCAUAAGAACAAGACCACAUCUUGGCUAGACCCAAGGCUUGACCCACGCUUUGCCAUGAAUCAGCGAAUCAGCCAAAGUGCUCCAGUCAAACAGCCACCUCCUCUGGCUCCUCAGAGUCCCCAGGGUGGUGUGAUGGGAGGGAGUAGCUCCAAUCAACAGCAACAGAUGAGACUUCAGCAGCUACAGAUGGAGAAAGAAAGGCUGAGACUGAAGCAUCAAGAACUGCUUCGGCAGGCAUUGCGGAAUAUCAAUCCCAGCACAGCAAAUUCUCCAAAACAUCAGGAAUUGGCUCUCCGUAGCCAGCUUCCAACAAUGGAACAAGACGGUGGAUCUCAAAACCCCGUGUCAUCUCCUGGAAUGUCUCAGGAGCUGAGAACAAUGACUACAAAUAGUUCUGAUCCGUUUCUUAACAGUGGAACAUAUCACUCCAGAGAUGAAAGCACAGAUAGUGGACUUAGCAUGAGCAGUUACAGUGUACCCAGAACCCCAGAUGACUUCCUGAACAGUGUUGAUGAGAUGGAUACAGGUGACAGUAUCGGCCAAAGUAACAUACCAUCCCAUCAGAACCGUUUCCCAGACUACCUUGAAGCCAUUCCAGGGACAAAUGUGGACCUUGGGACACUGGAAGGAGAUGGAAUGAAUAUAGAAGGAGAAGAACUGAUGCCAAGUCUGCAAGAGGCUUUGAGCUCUGACAUCCUUAAUGACAUGGAAUCUGUCUUGGCAGCCACCAAGCUAGAUAAAGAGAGUUUUCUUACUUGGUUAUAGGGGCCUCAGGGAGACUGAAUUCUAAAUCUGUGAAGGAUCUAAGGAGAUUAGGACAUCUGUAUCUGAAGUUCAGAACAAGCCAGUGUGGUGCACAUUGGCUUGUGUUCAGAAAAAGUAAAUGAACAAAUACUCAACAAGAUUCUUUGGGUUUGCUCUUCCUUGUCCAUCGCUGCUGUUAUAUAUUGCUGACUUUUUUCCACAGUUGACUCUGAAGAACAGACAUCUUCUUGAUCUUUUUCUAUUGCUGUUGCAACUACUGUUCAAGGGGGGUGGGGAGGAAUGAUGAGCCUAUUUUGGAUGACGAAUGCCAUUCCUUUUGUCCUAGUGUGCGCUUGCAUAUCAUUUUAUCUAAGUACUCAGAUUUGAGAGUUAAUUUCUGCAUGUCACUGCUUGUAGUUUGCUCAGCUAGUUGUCUCCUGCUGCCUGUGGUAAGUGGUAAAACAUGAUAUACUGGGGUGACAAGCCAAAAAUGAUGUAUCUGGUCAAAAGCAGUCAAUACUGAUUUGGAGAUACGAUGUAAAGGAGGGCUGAAGACUGGCAUUAAGUGUUCCUACUAGUAGCUCUUGCAUUAGCCACAAAGUGCUCUUGUUUGUAUUUUAUGUUAUAGUAAAUCAUGAGUCAUUUUACAUAGAAACAUAUAUGAACUUUGAUUGUUGCCACAUACUCUAGCCUAACUUCCAUUUGUCAGAAAUACUUUGAUUAUUUUUGUUAGUUGAUUUAACUGUAGCUGUAGGAUGGGAAGUAAUUAUAGGUGUUCUGGGUUUUUUUUUAAUUAGUGAAAUCUAAGGGUUUUUUCUGAUUUCACACAGUCUUAUUUAAAUCUGAAUUGUCUGCUUUUUUUUAUACUUAAACCAUGCCUAUUGUAGCCUGAUAAGCUAGUGAGUACAUAAACCAGUAUGUUUUGCCUGUAACUUUUUUAUUUUUUUAAAGGCUAGCUUUGAAUGUAAUCAUUAGAUUUCAUGACCAGUGGCUUAUUUUUCAUGUGUAUUUGCGAGACUUUGAAUUAGAAUCUGAUUACAGCAAUGUAAAAGUUAGAGUCCUUUGUCAUGUGUACAAAUUUUAAAUGCAUUUUAAAGUAGCAGAACCAUUUUAAAAUUACAUUUAAUCUCUCUUCUGGUU